AUGGAGCUAGUACUUGAAGACUCCGGAUACCUGUGUGCAGCGGAGCCGCGCAAGACGCUGGAGCUUGCUGACGAGAAGGCACAGGCCAACUUUGAGCUCGGCGUCGCGAUGCUCGUGCACGGCUGGCAGAUCCUCACCACGGCUGUCGAUAACAGCUGGGGAGGACCAGAGUCGGCAGAGAAAAGAGACUGGAUCAGCGCCGUGGUGAUCGACCUGUUCAAACAGAACAAGGAGGUGGACAUUAUCUUGAUUCACGAAACUCUAUUUAACGCCAUGGAGGACGAGUUCGACGUUCUUGUCGAGGACCAGAGCACGGUCCAGAUAGCCACCGCCGUGGUCCAGGUCUACCAGGAGUGUCUUGCUGGCAAGUACGACCGUGUGCAGACGAUGUACCAGAAAUACCUGCAGAAGCAGGACGCGCCAGCCAGCUGCGUGAGGAGCUGA